CAAUAAACAGCUGGUGUCGUCUGCUGCCAUCGUCUGCUGGGACGAUGUGCGAUUAUGAAGCUUGUGUACAUAGAGCCAUGGUCUAUCGGAGGUUUUCAAAACGCAUAGGACUAUUGACACAUUAAGGGGAGGCCACGGUCUGACCGAAAAUGAAGUUCGCCGAGCACCUCGGGGCGCACAUAACGCCCGAGUGGCGCAAGCAGUACAUAAACUACGAGGAGAUGAAGGCCAUGCUGUACAUCGCCGUGGAGCAAGCACCCUCCGCGGAGGUGGUGGAGCCUGCCGUCCUCCGCGCAUACUUCUCCCAAUUUGACGAGAAAUUCUUCCACUACUGCGACAAGGAACUCGCCAAGAUCAACACCUUCUUCUCAGAGAAGCUGGCCGAGGCGCAGCGGAAACACAGCGCGCUCCGCAGCGAGAUGCUGGAGGCCCAGACGGCGGAGGGCGAGGGCGGCGCGUCGGCCGGGGGCUGGAGCGCGCGCUACCGCUACCACCUCAAGCACGGGCCCCUGCGGCGCGCGCCCGUGCGCAAAGUGCAGGACCUCAAGCUGGCCUUCUCCGAGUUCUAUCUCGGACUCAUCCUGCUGCAGAACUACCAGAACCUCAACUUCACAGGCUUCAGGAAGAUCCUCAAGAAGCACGACAAAUUGCUGUCCGUGGAGGUCGGGGCGCGCUGGCGGCGUGACGUGGUGGAGGCGAGCCACUUCUACACCAACAAGGACAUCGGGCGGCUGAUCGCCGAGACGGAGGCCGCCGUCACGCAGAACCUGGAGGGCGGCGACAGGCAGCGCGCCAUGAAGCGGCUGCGCGUGCCGCCGCUCAACGAGCAGCAGAGCCCCUGGACCACGUUCCGCCUCGGCCUGUUCCUGGGCUCCUUCGCCGUGCUCUUCAUCGCCGUCGUCUUCGCCGCCGUGUCGAGCUCCGGGUCCACGGACUGGCGCAUCGUGUUCCGGCUGUACCGCGGCCCGCUGCUCGUCAUCCAGUUCAUCUUCCUGCUGGGCAUCAACGUCUACGGCUGGCGGUCGUCCGGCGUAAACCACGUGCUCAUCUUCGAGAUGGACCCGCGCCACCAUCUGUCCGAGCAACACAUCAUGGAGCUGGCGGCCAUCUUCGGCGUGGUGUGGGCGCUCAGCGUGCUGGUGUUUCUGUACAGCGACGCGCUGGGGGUCCCGCCCUUCGUCAGCCCCCUGCUGCUGCUGCUGGUCAUGAUGGGCUUCCUGUUCAACCCGACGCGCACGCUGCGCCACGAGGCGCGCUUCUGGAUGAUCCGCAUCAUGUUCCGCGCGCUGUCGGCGCCCUUCUUCUUCGUCAACUUCGCCGACUUCUGGAUGGCCGACCAGCUCAACAGCCUCGUGCCCGCGCUCAUCGACUUCCAGUACACCAUCUGCUUCUACAUCACCAACAACAGCCUGACCAUGGCGUCGGAUGGUGAGUGCCUUCAGCAUUUCUCGGUUACUGUUUUGCAAUGUUGUUCUGACGGGCCCUGUGCUGCCGUCACCGCAGACGCCAAGCAGUGCGUGGAGCGCGCGUGGUUCCGGCCGGUCAUGGCCGUGCUGCCCGCCUGGCUCCGCUUCGCACAGUGCCUGCGCCGCUACCGCGACACCCGGGAGGCCAACCCGCACCUCGCCAACGCCGUCAAGUACUCGACGGUGUUCGUCGUCAUCAUCUUCACCUCGCUGGCCACCCACUACGAAGGCAACUAUGAACACCAGUACCAGAAUCCGUACUUUUACCUGUGGAUCCUGUCGAGCGUGUGCAGCUCCCUGUUCGCCUACAUCUGGGACAUCCGCCUGGACUGGGGGCUGUUCGACAAGAACGCGGGCAACAACAAGUUCCUCCGCGAAGAGAUCGUCUACUCGUCCGUGUGGUACUACUACUUCGGCAUCGUGGAGGACCUGCUGCUGCGGUUCGGCUGGGUCUUCUCGCUGUCCUUGUCGGAGCUGGGCUACGUGCACGGCGAGCUUAUGGUCACCAUCCUGUCGCCGCUGGAGGUGUUCCGGCGCUUCGUGUGGAACUUCUUCCGACUGGAGAACGAGCACCUCAACAACUGCGGCAAGUUCCGCGCCGUGCGCGACAUCUCGGUGGCGCCCAUGGAGACGUCGGACCAGGGCCUCAUCCUGCGCAUGAUGGACGAGGAGGACGGCGUGCUGAACCGCAACAAGCGCAAGGCGGUGGGCAGCACCACGGCCAGCACCAAGCGCCGCCACCGCAACCUGCUGGAGGACGAGUCCACCGACACGGAGCAGGGGCUGCUGCGGUGAAGUGCCGUCCCGUACCGUCCCGGACCGUCCCGGACGACGCCUAGGGGCGUGGACCGCUAGGUGUCGCAUUUUCAUUUCUCCAUUUUUGUUUUUGUCUUUUUUUUACGGCGGAGCUGGGCCGCGGUUUCCUACACUGUUCGUAGUUUGUGUCUGUUUUUUUUUCUGUCGCGUCCUUUUUUGUGUAGCCCCGAUAAGUCCCCCCCCCUCCCCCACUUCCACUCCUCCCGCCUUGAUUCCUGGACGUCCUGGGCCGACAGCACUAGUCGCCUCGACGCCCCCCUACCUCUCUCCUCACUUCCCCUAACUGACUGUGAUUUAGAUUUUACGACUUGUUUUUAAUGUUGUUUAUGUUAAUAAUUCUUGAGCUUGGUUUUGAGGUACUGACCUAUGCGGCAAUUUGUGCUGGCGUAUUUGGGCACAUUUGCUUGCUUCCUUACUGAAGCUACUCUCGCUGUGAAAGUCUAGUCUUGUCAACGUUUAUUUUUAAAAAACAAUGUCAAUUUGAUGCGCAAAUCUAAAAAAAAACAAACUAAAACAAACUAAAAAACUAUCAUGUAGGUGUAGGAAGAACCACUUGAUUAUUUUUCUCCCUUGGUGGCAUCAUCUCCUCAUCGAGCUGAUCACUGACUUGGUUGUACAAAUGUGCGGGCGCUGCCUUCUGAGUCUUCCCUCUCUCUGCGUUUAGAAACACCAAGGUUGUGAGCUUGGCAGCGUGACGGUGAACCGAGACUUAUCUCAUGUGAUUAAGUACCUGCGACCUCGUUUUUAUUGCUGGUCAAUUCUCGUUGUUGUGACAGUUGCUAAUUUAUUGUUCUUGUUGGAGUGUUUGUAUUGUUGUUGUUCUUGUUGCUGGCCAUCAAUAAUUUCUUGUCGCAAUAAAAUGAUUGAAACUUACA